CUCACACACAGACGACUGUGAGAGAAAACGAAACUGAAUCCUAUCAGUGUUCGUGGUAAAAUGGCAGAAGCCAGUGUUGCAGUGGAUCUGAGCCAGUUCAGCUGCCCAAUCUGUCUGGAUCUACUGAAGGAUCCAGUGACUAUCAACUGUGGAAACAGUUACUGUAUGAGCUGCAUUAAGAGCCACUGGGAUCAGGAAGAUCAUGCUGGAGUUUACAGCUGCCCCCAGUGCAGACAGACCUUCACACCCAGACCUGUUCUGGGCAGAAACACCAUACUGGUUGAAGUGGUGGAGAAACUGAAGAAGACUGGACUACAAGCAACUACUCCUGCUGACCAUUAUGCUGGACCUGGAGAUAUGGAGUGUGACAUCUGUACUGGGAGAAAACACAAAGCUGUUAAGUCCUGCCUGGUGUGUCUGGCCUCCUACUGUGAAACUGACCUGCAGCUUCACAAUAAACUCCACCACACAAAACAACACAAGAUCAUUGAUGCCAUCAGCCAUCUGAAGGACAAGGUCUGUUCCCACCAUGACAAAGCCCUGGAGAUCCACUGCCGUACCGACCAGCAGUGUAUCUGUUAUCUCUGUAUGCUGGAUGAACACAGAGGCCAUGAUACAGUAUCAGCUGCUGCAGGAAGGCCGGAGAUACAGAAACAAGUGGGAGAAACACAGAAGGAAUUUCAGCAGAGAAUUCAGAUGAGAGAGAAGGAGCUGCAGGAGCUGAGAGAGGCUGUGGACUCAUUCACAAGCUCAGCACAGUCAGCAGUGGAGGACAGCGAGAGGAUCUUCACUGAGAUGAUCCGCUCCAUUGAGAGAAGACGCUCUGAGGUGACAAAGCUGAUCAGAGAUCAGGAGAAGGCUGUAGUGAGUCAGGCUGAAGGACACAUGGAGAAACUGAAGCAGGAGAUUGAUGAACUGAAGAGGAGACACUCUGAGCUGGAGCAGCUUUCACACACAGAGGAUCACAUCCAUUUCCUCCAGAGAUAUCAGAGUCUUCCUGUCACCCCUGAGGCUGGAUUUGAACCCAGAAUCUCUGUCAAUCCACAUUGGUAUUUUGGAAAUGUGAGGAAGGUGGUUUCUGAACUGAAGGAUCAACUGGAGAAUAUUUAUAAAACGAAAACAGAAGAGAUCCAUGACACAGUUACCAAAGACACCAUCAUACAGUUUUUAGUGCCCAGGACCAGAUCAGAAUUCUUACAAUAUUCCUGUCGGCUCACUCUGGACCCCAACACAGCAAACAGACACCUCCACCUGUCUGAGGGGAACAGAGUGGUGACAUGGAAGGAAGAGACACAGUCAUAUCCUGAUCACCAGCAGAGGUUUGACUCACGCCUCUAUGUGCUGUGUACAGAGGGUCUGACUGGGUGCUGCUACUGGGAGGUUGAGUGCAGCGGGAAUUUGGCUGGUAUUGCCGUCACAUAUAAAGGGAUCAGCAGGAAAGGAAGGGGUGAGAACAGCGGGCUUGGAAACAAUGACAAGUCCUGGUGUUUGUACUGCUCAGACUCCAGUUACUCAUUCUGGCACAAUAAUGUGCAAACUGCAGUAUAUGGCUCCCAUUCCUCCAGGAUAGGGGUGUACCUGGAUCACAGGGCAGGAAAUCUGUCCUUCUACAGCAUCUCUGACACAGUGACCCUCCUGCACAGUGUCCAGACCAUGUUCACUGAGCCCCUCUACCCUGGGUUUGAUCUUAAUGGUACAGCCAAACUCUGCUAACUACCAUAAUAGGCUGUUAAAUAUAUCAAAAAAUUUAACUAAAUAAUUAAUACUACAAACCACGGCUACUGGCUGUGAUAGUUAAUAGGAUCUUGAGUGACACAUGUUAAAGAUAAAUUGACCAGAGGGGUGUUUUUGGAAUCAGCUUUUAGAACGUACCUUUAUAUAUUUAUUCAAUAGUCCCUGUGUGUUAGGCAGCUAAUACUGAAGAAUGUCAGCUUAAGAGAAUUAAGAGUUAACCUCAGUAUAGCAAAAUGUGUUUGAACUUUGUGCUCAUUAGAUUGAGCAGAAAUGGGAACAGAAAUGAAAGUUUAGCUCGUGCUUGACAGAGAGAACAGGAAAACCACAAAAGCGAGUGGGGGCUGCUUGCAGGUGGCCACACCCAUAAGUUACAGGCUGCAUCUGAAAGUGCACAUGCCUCAUACUUAUAAGAUGCAGGCUGCAUAAAGUGUAUGUGCCCCCCCCCAAGCCAGUUUGAUGCAGUUCUGGGAGGGGAAGUAAGCUAUCUGUGUACCGCUAUAAAGGGGAUGCCAACUUCAGGUUCGGUGCGCAUUCCGCAGUAACGCUUGCCGGGAUGGGGGUUGGCCGCUGAGCUCAGAAUUAAAACAACUUCACACCCCAGAAUACCGUGUGGGGCUGAAAUUUCCACGACACGCGGAACGAAUAAUGAAGUAAUCAGUUAUCAGAUUACAGCAAAAAGCAACAGGGAAGUGCAACUAAAUUUAAAUCUGGUUUAUGUCAUUUUUCAUGUAAAAGGUGGAAAUAAUCAGUGUAGAAAUGGAUCAAAUCAAUUACACAAUUAUACAGAUUUCCUAUGAAUUGUUCAUAAAGGUCAUUUAAAGGUGGGGAAACAAAUAAAAAUCAGUACAUUUCUAAUAAGGUUUAAUAUGAAAGGGUUGAGUUAACAUAUCGUACAUAAUAAUUACAUAAUUAUAAAAAUGUAUGUUUGAUUUCUUGUGUUUCUUGUGUUUGCUUAAGUUCUGCUUUUGCCAUGUAGGGAACCUGUGUGAAUGAUUUUUGCUUUAACAUGAACAAGUUUUAUAAUCGUUUUUAUGUGUUUUCUUACUCUGCCAUUCUCCAUUUUGCCAUCAUAUCGCUAUAUAAAAGACUCCUUUGCCCUGUGUUUUUAUAGCUGUGUACACAGACUGAUGUCUGCAGCCAGAGCAUUGAAACUGCACUGGUGUACGUCUCUGAGUAAUGGUGGCAGUGAGCUGUUCGGUAGCCAUCUGAGCUGUAGGACAGCAGCUCAGAAGUGAAGUCAAACCGAUUAGGAGAUAGUAAGCUAGUCCUCUCAACAGUAUGUAAGGGCUGUCUGACCAAGAAGGAGAGUGACGGAGUGCUGCGUCAGAUGACCUGGCCUCCACCAUCACCCGACCUAACCCCAAUUUAGAUGGUUUGGGAUGAGUUGGACCGCAGAGUAAAGGCAAAGCAGCCAACAACUGCUCAGCACCUCCAGGAACUCCUUCAAGACUGCUGGAAAACCAUUUCUGGUCAAUACCUCAUGAAUCUGACUGAGAGAAUGCCAAGGGUGUGCAAGGCUGUCAUCAAUGCAAAGGGUGGCUACUUUAAAGAAUCUAAAAUAUAAAACAAAUUCUGCUUUGUUUAACACUUAUUUGUUUAUUGCAAAUAUUCAUUGUUUUGAGGUCUUCAAUAUUGAUGUAUUAUGUAGAAAACAAUAAAAAUAAAGAAAA